AUGGCUGCAGCUGGUCAUAUCCGUCUUGGAACCGCCUCCCCAGGCACCCAAUCCUCCACCUCCUCCACCAUCGCCCUCAUCGACACCCUCGCCCAGCGCGCAUCCUCAUCGCACAUCGACAUCCUCCUCCUCCCCGAGGCCUUCAUCGGCGGGUAUCCCCGCGGCAGUUCCUUCGGCUGCGAGAUUGGCAAUCGCAGUGCAGAAGGACGCGAUGAAUUCGCUCGCUACUUCGAUUCCGCCAUUGAUCUCGGCGACACCGUUGGGCCUGGCGGCGGUGGUGCGGGGAUCAAGUGGGUGAAGAGACAGCUUGGCGAGGAGGAUGAGGUCCGUGGUGAUGGCUCGCGGGAGGAGUUGGAGCGUAUUGCGAGGGAUACGGGUGUUUUUAUCGUGGUGGGGUGUAUUGAGAAGGCGGGUGGGAGCUUGUAUUGCUCUGUUGUUUAUGUCUGUCCCAAGGAGGGUAUGCUUGGAAAGCGUCGCAAAGUCCUUCCUACUGGCUCUGAGCGCCUCAUCUGGGCUCAAGGCUCGCCCAGCACCCUCCGCGCCGUAACCACCACCAUCCGCGGCAUACGCAUCAAUCUCGCCGCCGCAAUCUGCUGGGAGAACUACAUGCCCCUCCUACGCCAAUCGCUCUACGCGCAGAACAUCAAUCUCUACCUCGCGCCCACAGCCGAUAACCGCGAUGCCUGGCUUGGACUCAUGCGAACAGUCGGUGUUGAGGGACGCUGUUUCGUCGUCAGCAGCAACAUGUGCGUUCCCAAGAACACUGCGUCCUCUGAAACAAACGGUGUGAGACAGCGUCGUGGAUCGUGCAUGACAGAGGAAGGGUUUGAGAUUGCGCUGCCGAAAUCGCCGAGCCGAAGAAGACGCAAGUCGGUGUUUGACGAGGAUGGGAAUGAGAUUGUUUUGGGGUGUGAUGACGACGGUGUGAACAUUCAACCUCCUCCUGCAAAGAGCGCUGUCUCUUCUGGAAAACCAGAGUUUCUUUCUCGUGGUGGUUCGUCGAUUGUCUCGCCGUUUGGAGAUGUCAUCGCUGGACCGCAGUGGGAGGAUCCAGAUGGCUUGAUCUUUGCGGAUGUUGAUUUCCGUGAUUGUAUCAGGGGUCGUCUUGAUCUUGAUGCUGCGGGGAGUUACUCGCGAAACGAUGCCUUCAAGUUUAGCGUUGAGGGGUUGAACUUGGAUCCUCUUCCUUAUUGA